CGUCCCCGCCCCGGGGCCUAGCAUUAAACUCGCCGCCCUGCGUCCCACCAUGUCCAAUCGCGACUGAACCGACCGACCGGCCGACUUCCACGGCCCUAGCUGUCCCUAUCGGUUCCAAACAACCUUCAUAGUCUUAGAAAGUACGUAUGAAAGCCCCCAGCUUUCGGAGCGGACUUGUGGCGCUGCUUUGGCUGUGCGCGGUGAGCAUGUGUCGCGUGCAGGUGCUCGGCGCGCGCAGUUAGAUGCCCCAGCCAGGCAUAAUGCAAUCCUUGCUACCAUACCGACCAGUCUGUCGCGACGGGAAUUUCUUAACGGGCCCAGCGAGGGAGCGGGGAGACUAGUUCCGCGAGCGGUUUGGCGAUUGGACCGGCAGCGCACAGCGCAGCGCCGCUAAGAAAUUCCCGACCGCAAAAGUUCUAACUAGACCUCAUGUAAGGCUUGUUUGCCGGGUCGGAAGAGCAAUAACGAGCGAGUGCACGACAGGGUUCUUGUGCGCGAGCAUCGCACCAUGCCGAUUGGCUGGACCUGUCUGCCGAGGCUGGUAUGGGCAAACGCAGAGGCUGGUGUGUGGGCCACGGCUCUACCACUAACUCAACGGCGUUUCAUGCGCUGGAGCCUGUGGAGGAGGAGCUGGCGCCCAGUUGGUGCAUGGGCGCCUGCAGCGGCACGGUCCGUUGGGGAAAGGGCCCCCUGGACUUCACCUAUGUGCUUCACACAAACUUUCCCAGCUGGAAAGAGCCCACGGGCCGGGGCCACAAGUGCAACCUGUGCACGGGCUGUGUGAAGGAUGCGAAGAAGGCAGAGGAGGAGGCCAAUCAGAUCUACGGCACAGUUGCAGUCCAUACCGACCCCACCAGCAGCUGCACAGCCCGUGCGUUCUCCAGCCCUGCUGGUGUGGCAGUCGACGCACGGAACGGCGUCGCCGUAGUGCACGUCAACAACUCAUCCGCCGAGACAUUUGUGCGUCUUCCGCUGCCUGCCGUGCACACCGUGGCUGGUACGCUGGCCGCGGCAGUACGGCGGCCUGGCGGCAAGGGGGCGGGCACUGCUGCCGUGCCAGCUACCCACUUCAAUGCCGCCGCCCACGCACUUGCCAACGCAGUGACUGCCAAUCCGCCCGCCCUUGAGAAGCCCAGUGUUGUCUUUUCCGGGUCCACUAUCUCACCGGCAGAGCUACUUGUGCAUUGGGCCGUGGCCCAGUCAAAGGGCCCUGUCACUGCUGCUGGCACCUGCAGCAACAGCGUGGAGCUGACAGACCUCAGCCGCAACGUGUUCUGGUGGGGUGUUGCGUCUGCCGUCAAGUCCCUGUUUGGCACCAGCUUCAGCCCUGAUUCUCUCCGCGGUUGGCAUGAGCGACUGACCAGCUCUGGUGGUGGCCGUGUGCCUGUGCCCCCGCCGCCACCACUGCCGCCCCAAAGCAGCAAUAAUUCACCACCCCCGGAGCCACCCGUGCCGCCCACGCCUAUCCUUGCGGAGGACAUUUCACGAGUAGCAUCCGCGUUCAACAAUACUGCAGCAGCCCGGCUUGCAACAAAACUCAUUGUUGCGACCACCAGCGCCUUGCCUGUCGCUGAUGCCCGCGUAAUCCGCGACACCCUGACUACUGUGCUACUGCCUGGCCACGAUCCGAGCGACUACGUCAUGAUGGCAUCAACCGACCGCAUGGUGGCCAUCUCCUCUGAUUUCCACGGCAACCCCAACCUGAAGUUAUGGCGACUGGAAGCUUCUGCAGAUGGCGACUUCGACUUCACAGCUACACGUGGCACCUGGUACCACGGAGGCCCCGUGGCAGGAGGCGCACUGCUGGGUGUGGCGGAGGCGGCGGCAGUCAUGGGUGCUACUUCCAUGCGCGGAGUGGCCACGCGGACAGAAGACCCAGACACGCCAAUGACGGAAAUCUUUGGCUACACCAUGCAGCAACAGGAGCAGCAGCAGCAGCAGCCCCGGCGCACCCGCACGGGCUUGGGCGACAUCACCAACCUGCUGCCUCUGCAGCAGCAGGCGUUGCAGCCACGCCAAGCUAAGCGUGCGCGCGCAUAGUAGUAGCGUAUGUACGUGUAGAUGGCACGCAUGCGCAUGCAUGCCCACAGUGCUAGCUAAAUGCAUUCUUCCAUGAACAAUUAAGCAUUAAUUGAUGCACUCGUAAGAAAGAAUGGCUUAGCGUGGAGGCAUGGGAGAUCAGGCUGCGCGCGCGGCUGCGUGCGGAUGAGGCGUGACGAGGAGGUUCCUACCUGCCUAAGCGGUUUAUACACCGACAAGGCGUGCGGCCAACAUGCAUGUAACAAAAUGUAUUC